AUGAUUUCAAUCAUCUACGUCACCUCGUGGGUCAUUGAAAAGAAAAAAAAAAUUAUUUCUCGUUUGCGAUUAGUCCGAAUUUCUGAAAUGACUUUCAAUACCAAGUUACAAAUUAAAAUAUUCAUGAAUCAGAUAUCGAUGUAUGAACCAAAUGAAAUAACAGCCUUUGGAUUCUUCAAUAUCGAUUUAAAAUUAACGAUGUCAAUUUUAGUAUUAUUGAUUACUGCAUUCUCGACCCUGCUGCAAAUGAAAGAUCACCCUUGGAUAUUGUACUUGAAGAACGCAUGGAUAGCCAACGUUGAUUAUAUGCAAACUAAUAACUAA